ACGCUUGCAGUUUAAUCCCGUUGGGUUGCAUUCCAAAGUCGGCUGUUAGUAGACGCCAAGCAUCUGUGGUACGCGUUCGGCUUUUUGGGCUCCGAUUCUCUCCAAAUGAUAUGCGGCUGUAUUAUAAGUUUUAUAAAAAUGAAGUGAUCCGGUGUUAAAUGCGGUAUUACCUGGUGUGAACGUGUCAAAGUGUUUACGGUCAAUUUAAGAAGAUUUAAGAGUAUUUUUUAUACCUAUCUGUUAGCGGGCAGUAAUCUACGAGGAAUGUGUGAAGAUGCGGCCUCUGUCCUUCCUGUACGGCUUUGUCGGGGUGAUAUUAUGCCUGGUGAAAUACUCCGUAUCCGACUUGGGUAUGAUAUCGUUCUCUAGACACCCGGAACCAUUAGCCGCUCCUUUAGGGGAUGAAGCGUACUUCGAAUGCAGUCUGAACCUCCCGGCUGAAAAAUUUGCCUGGCGGCACAGGCCUCUGGAUUCCGAACAUUGGGGCCCUCUGAUCCCGAUAACGAACACCGGUGGCAAGUCGGAUGGCAAAACAUCCAGACAUGUCGUCUAUUUCGACGACAAAUCAAAGGCUGGGGAUUAUCAAUGCGUGGCGUAUUACGGUACCAGCGGCUUGGCAUCGGAUCCGGCUCGACUAAGUCUCGCUACGUUGGAGGACUUUGCGUACGAAAAAGAUCCUCAGGACCUUCAUGUUUCGGUUGGGAAUACGGUGCCCAUUACAUGCCCGGUACCUUACUCCGCUCCGCAGCCGAUUGUGCAGUUUUACAAGAACAAUGUUUUAAUCGACAACUUCUUGGUGACCGGUGGAAAGACCAUGGUCCUGGAGAAUGUAUCCGUGUCGGAUUCGGGACAGUAUCAUUGCGUGGCCACCAACUACAUCACCGCGGAAUCUUACAAAUCUAAGCAGAAAACAAUUCUGUCCGUGUUCGACGGCGACAAGGUUCAGUUACCCUAUUUCGUGAAACAACCGCAGCCAGAGUACAAGGUGUUGCCUGGUCAAAAUGUAACGCUCGAAUGUUUCGGGGCCGGUAAUCCCGUUCCUCGUGUAACUUGGAGCAGGAUCGGCAGUCACUUACCGAACGCAAAAGUAAGGAUUACUCCCGCGGGAUUGACCAUACAUAACGUGCAGCCAUCGGAUAGGGGACAGUAUCACUGUAGCUGGCAUAAUAAAUACGACACGAAGCAGUACAAAAUACUUUUGCACGUUGUAGAGAGACCUAGAGUAACUAAACAGCUCAAGGUACCGACCGUUUCCGAAGGUGGAGAAAUUGAAUUAUCCUGUAGCGUAUCUGGAGAGCCAGAACCAACCGUGGAGUGGCUAAUCAACGGCGAAUUUUUACCAAAAGAUCAUAGAAGGGGUUCGCGAUUCUUGUCUAUCUCGCCGGUGGAAAAAAAACAUGCUGGUAUCGUCCAGUGUCUCGCCAGCAACGAAUAUGGUUCGGAUUCCGAAUAUGGGCUGCUCAGAGUCACCCCGAAACAACACCUGAGCGGCACCACGGAAUCCAGAUCAGAUUAUAACACCCAUGGCACGGGUCUAAAUCAUCGCGAACAUACCAGAAUUGGCGGGCGAAGACGUCCCAAGGAAGGAAAGCGUAAGGGAAAUGCGGUGCUCGUACCACCGAAUCAGCCGAACGUGACGAGGCUUUCGGAUGUAUCUGUAAUGGUCAGAUGGUCGGUACCAGAAAAUAAAGGUCUACCGAUUCAAUUUUUCAAAGUCCAGUAUCGAGAACUGGGACAAAAAAUGAAUGGAAAGCAAGGAAAGUGGAUGACCGCUACUAUGGUGAUUCCGAAUCACGUGUGUUCCUUCGAAGUGACCGAUUUGCAGCCAAAUCACACGUACAAAUUUCGAAUAGCAGCUGUGUAUUCUAACAAUGACAACAAGCUCAGCCGUAACUCGGUAAAGUUCCUAUUAAACCACACUUCGGAUGUCGAGGUGAACAAAAUGCCAAUCCCGCUAUUGAUAAAUACGGAGGCCUUGAGCCCGAAUGAAGUUUUACUCGUCUGGCACAUCGAAGAUAAAUCUGCAAAGAUAGACGGAUUUUACGUUUAUCACAGAGCUACUACAUCCGCUGGUGAUUACAUAAAAACGACCGUAGAAGGAAAGUCAGCGACGUCGAUAGUUAUUUCGCACCUGGAACCCGACACAGCCUACGAGUUCAAAGUCCAGAGUUUCGCUACUGACGCAGCUUCGGAAUUUUCACGAAUAUUUAAACAAAAAACUAAAAAAGUUGUUACCGAAUCUCCCGUGCAACAAGUCGUGGCUGAGAACAAAUUCAAACCUCCCGAAAUUCAUCAUGCGGGGAGUUUGUACGCUAUUAUUUGUGGCGCAGUUGGAGGGGUUGCUCUGUUAGGCGUCUUCGCAGUUAUCGUCGUUGUCUACAAAAGAAGCAAACGUAAACAAAAUCGGGAAUCUCCGCAACGACAAGAUAAAACAGUGGUUAAUGGUAGGGUCGUCAAUGGAGGGAUCGCAGAUUCCAAGAUCAACAUCACGCCAAAUCCGCUGGCUGGUCUUGAUGCUUCUGAAGAUUCAAUUCCAAAGAACGGACAACAGUCAACAAUGGAAAUGGCCUCAUUUUUAAAUGGCCAAAACAACAACAGUCACAACAACGGAGAUCCUGGAGUCCAGAGUAAUACAGCAGGAGAACCGUCUCUUCCAGAAUCUCUAUCUGCAAAUGAACAACCCUUGUGAAUACCGUUUUCACGUAACAAUAAUGAGAUAUAUGAAAAUUAGCUAAAAAAAACCAGAACAAAUCGAGUUUUCUUCUGGUUUUAUCAUAUGUGCAAAGUGCCUUGGCUAGAAAAUUAUAAGCUCCGAUCAAUGUUCAAUCGGCUUUUCGGUCUCUCUCCAUCAAAUGUAAGUGCCAAAUUUGAAAUGAUCUUUAUAUAUAUUAUUAGACAUUUUUAAUCCAGAUUUAAACCUUGAGAGAUUGAACGAUGAAAGAAAGGUGGCCUAUGAAACAUUUUUCGACGGGCUGCCACCAUACGUAAUUGUAUAUUAUUUUAAGCUAACAAAGAUUGAAUGAUUUGUUGCAUAACAUGACAUAAAUCAUAAGACUUACGAACGGGCUAGUUUAUGAAACUAGACUGUGUCCGAUAAACUAUUUCUAGUAACUAUUUUAAUAUUAGGGCGUAAAAUCGUUAUCUAUCUUUAAUUAUGUGAAAUCAUGCUCAAAGCAGGCAGCUUCUGAAAACUUAUAUUAUUAAAAUUAUCACGCCAUCACUCUGUAUAUAGAAUAAUAUUACAGUUAUUACUAUUUUUGUUUACUCUACAUCAACAAAUCUGAUCAUAAGAGCAUUUGUGUUAAUGAAUAAUCAAUAUUUGAACAUGCAAAUCAAAACUCACAUUGUAACAAACUACUACCUAUUACAUCUACGCUAUUCAUACCCAAUGUGCCUUCGUCGUAAGUAAUUGUGGAUACUUUCUGAGCGCAACUCAUAUGUAAAGCGUCUACACAUUUAUAAAAGUUCGGUCGAUAAUUUAUUUGAUUUGUGGUAUGGCAGCUUAAACAGAGCGGGCGGAUGAAUUUUAAAAAAUGUAGGCAUGUAGUUUAUUUUUGUUCAAUGCUCCUACGUUUUCUUCUAUGGUGGAUAGAAAACUGGAAGAGAGCAAUGAUUCAACCAAUAACGCUAACAGUAUUUUACAUCAAUUAUUACUAUUAAUAUUAUGCUAUAUUAUAAAAACUUUUACUGUUGCCUAUUUUAUUAGCAUUGAUUUUUUCUAUGCGACAAUAUAACGUAGUGCCUUGAUAACCAUAGGUAUAAGAUGUUGUAAGUGUAUUAACGAUUGAUAGUGGAGAUAAUCGUAUACUAUGGUCUAUACCUGAUUUAUCUAGAAGAAGUGAGAGUCUGGUUGUGUGUAAGCAAAUAUGUGUUAUGGUAGAAGAAAACAACAAAAAAAUACUUCAAAAGAGUUGUUAUGAUUAAGUUUUUUUUUUUAUUUUUUCUCUUUAAAUUUUUGUUUUCUUUUUUUUCAACUUGCCAGUGAAAAAUUAAUUUGUAUAUAUGAAUGAAUUUUGCAUAAAAUUAUUAUAUUAACGUAGUAUUUGUUAUCGGAAAUAAUGUUCUAACACAUUCACUGAAUAUUUUAUAUAUAUUUUGGAAACAUAUUUUAAGAAUAAAUCAUCACUAUACAGUCGUGGCUCGAUACGUACCACUUUCGUAAAUAAAUUAAAUGAAAAAUAAACACAUUUUGUAUAUAUUAGAAUAUUUUUUAUCGCUAUGCAGCAUAUGCGCCUUAUAUCUUGCCGACAUGAUAUAAUAUUUAAUAACGAAUAUUUAUAUAUUUGAGCAUUUUUAUGUACUUAAUAAUUUUAAUAAUAAAAAUCAUUUUUGAAAUUGUC